UAAUGCAUAUAUAAUACUGUUUGUUUUCAGUGUCUAGUUAUACAGUUAUUAGGGUCUGUUAUAAACUACUAUAUAUUACUUCAUUUUAGGACUUAAAAAUCACUCAUAGAACYAUCCUCUGCAGCAAUGAAAACAACAUUUGUCAUCUAAACAGGAAUUAUAUCAAAUAGGUCUUAGAGAAUCAUAACCAGUUUAAAACAUACAGAAUUAUACAAAAUAUCUGAUUACAUGAAAUUCCUGAGAUAUUGAUUGGAUGAGCAGAAUAGACUGGCUUGUUGUGAAUUACUUAACAUCCAAAUCAUGCUUAAACCAACCUGGAUUCCUAAAAACUUAACUAAAGGYUUAGGUAGUAAACACAAGAGUAUUUUGGACUCAGAACCUGCUUACAGAGCCUCUGAUACAAGUAGUGUUGACGAAGAUAAAGAAACAUCAAGAAGAGAACUUGAGAGAAGAGCUUGGGAAGCUUUACAAGCUGCAAGGUCCAAGCCAGUAGCUUUUGCUGUUCGUACAAAUAUUGCAUAUGAAGGCAGUGAAGAUGAUGAUUCCCCAGUGCAUGGGGCUGCAGUCUCGUUUAAUGUCAAGGAUUUUCUUCAUGUAAAAGAGAAAUUCAAUGAUGAUUGGUGGAUUGGACGAGUUGUCAAGGAGGGUUGCGAUAUAGGAUUCAUUCCRACACCAAGUAAAUUAAAAUCACUUCAACAAGUGGGACCAGCAACAGGSGGCCGUCCUGUGCGAGGCAGCUCAAARACAGUUUUUCAUUUUAAUGAUAUGGUCAAUCAAGCUCAGUCCCCAACAAAUACAUCACCAUCACGGCAUUCUUCAGCGUCAGUAGUUGAUGCUGAGAAUGGAAUGGAAUAUAAUGAAGAAGAGCAACACAGUCCCACAAGCCCAACUAGCAAAACUUCUACUUUACCAAGRUCAGCUUCAGGUAACACAGUUACCUCACAAAGCGCUCCAGGACAGCAAGGAAAAAGCAAAAAAGCAUUCUUUAAGAAGCAAGAACAACUACCACCUUACGAUGUGGUACCAUCAAUGAGGCCUAUAGUAUUAGUAGGGCCUUCACUAAAAGGAUAUGAGGUCACUGACAUGAUGCAGAAAGCUCUUUUUGACUAUAUGAAGCAUCAAUUUUCCGGGAGGGUUCUUAUUUCACGCGUGACUUCAGAUAUAAGUCUAGCAAAAAGGUCGAAUUUGGCCAAUCCUAGUAAGAGGAACAUUAUUGAAAGGAGCAACAGUAAAAACUCUGGCUUGGCUGAGGUUCARCAAGAAAUUGAAAGAAUAUUUGAGCUUUCUCGCGGGCUCAACCUCGUUGUUUUGGAUUGUGAUACAGUAAAUCAUCCUACACAACUUGCCAAAACGUCGUUAGCUCCCCUUGUAGUGUAUGUCAAAAUAUCGGCUCCCAAGGUCCUUCAGAGACUUAUUAAAACUCGAGGAAAAACUCAAUCAAGGGCUCUCAAUGUCCAACUUGUGGCAGCAGAAAAAUUAGCUCAGUGUAGUGAGGACCUUUAUGACCUUAUUCUCGACGAAACGCAAUUGCAGGACGCAUGUCAUCAUUUAGGUGAAUUUUUGGAAAGUUAUUGGAGAGCUACACAUCCUCCAAACCAGCCGGGAAGCCGGCCUCCAAAUAUGCAACAAUCGACCCCUCAGUACAACGUGAUUGAAGCUGGUGAAAGACCAAGUGUAUACCUAUAGGGGACAAUUUUUUGAUGACCUUGUUCAACAGAGGAGCUAAUUUACUGUGUAUGCUCGUUUCUAAUAGCGUGAUCCACACACGUUCUCAUUCAUCAUUCAUUGCUGUCUAUCGACGGUAGAAAUCCUUUUCUGCACUUAAUGCCCGGACAUAAUCGUGGGAGUUCAUAUUAUAAUUCGAGCCACGAACUAUUGGAACAAGUGAGUUCCUCAAGACUGAAUGGAUCCUUUAGCAGCGUUGAUGCCGCUAAAACAAAACAAUUUGACAGGACUUGAACUGGUUUGGUUUUUCAAGUGCUUAUCAGCUAUUAUAUGUUCAAGGCUUGUUUGACAACUAUCUGUAGGCCACGUGGUCAAGUAGGGCGUCCGCCCAGCACGUGGUACCUUAUUUUAGUAUAAAGCAUAUAUUAUUAGUUUCUACGGUGGGGACGUAAGGAUUAUACCACACUUUCCAUCGGACCAAGAGAAUGAAAGAAUUCAAGCCCACUUAAGAUAAUGUAUUCGGGCCUCGUUUGUUGACCUCUCUGUAUUUAUUUACCAAUUAAGUUAUACUGGUCAUUCUUCUUGGUCGAUGGAAAGUCUGGUAUGUGGUCGAUCAUGGUUCGACAUUCUCCCUAUCCUUUGAACUAGAGCAAUUUUAGGCACUAAAUAGGAUAGGCAUAGAUGCCUUGAAUAUUGCCGUAGCCUGCGCAAGUAAUUCGACAUUUCUUUUGUAUUUUUCAUUAUUAUAAAUAUAUUAAGACAUUAGUGGUUAAUGCAUAAGCCUGACCGCUCAGAUGUACCAGGUGGGAAGUAGAAUAUUUUGCAAAAUAAGAUGAAGCGUGAUUGUUGCCAGACAAACGUCUUGUGCACCAGAAAAUAACGCAAAUAUGCGAAUGGAAAUCAAUUAUAAAUUUACAAUUUUCUUGGCUUUACUUGGUAAUAAAAACCUUUAAAUUUCAAAACCCUUAAAUUUUGAACAUAUAAUAUAUUAGACUAGCUUUUGUAAGAUUAUGAAUAUUUCGUUGAAAAAGUUUCCACCAUUGGCACUUGACAAUGAAGGAUUCCUUAAGAAGAUCGAGCGUUGCCUAUUGAGCACGUGGCUUAUUGACCACGCCCUUACUAAUAUAAUAAACCAUAUUUUCUACAAGUUCCAAUGAAGCUUUGUAACUCGUUCUCAGGCCACACGUGCUUGAAAGGCAACGCUUUGUUGGUAGAUAAGCAAAAGUGCUGGUGUUAGAUCGAUUUGAUAGAAAUAUAUAUUAGUACUUUUACAUUUAUGCAUCUAACACAGGAAAUAUCGGAUAUUGGAAGGCAGGAACUAGUGUAUUCAACCAAAUUGAAUGUACUUUUUACCAUGACAAACAAAUAUUCCCUAAAAACAGAAAAUUUUGAAAGGAAAACAGUUUCUGGCGCUCUCUGGUAUCAGAUACUUGGUAUGUAUUUACUAGUCAAGGUGUCGGAACGUCAUGGUAUAAGGUUCACUGCCUUCCUUGUCCGAUUCUAUUCUUCAUUAGUAUUGUAGUUUGUGAAUCCAACACCACUUCGCUUUGUAUGAAAUUCUCAGUUCAUUCGGAAAAGAAUUAUGAACUCAUUUGGAAGCUGUGAGUCAUAGAUAUUACUCUUUAAAUCUAAUACCUUGCUUAUUCCAAAUAAAACAAAUUAAUCUACAAAA